GAUUUGUUGGAUUAAGUUGGGUGAAGUCUGCCUUAAACGAGGGCCUAUUUCACUUAUUUGAUAAUUCGAAUUUUAGUGAUGUUAUUUCUACCUGUGUUAACGUAAAUGCAACUCUAAAAUCGGCCCACUGUGAAACUAAGAAUGCAAAAGUUAUGUUAAAAAUAAUAGAAGCAAAUAAUUUUUUUAGUCAAAAUGACAUUGAAAUUGUCGUUAACGAGCUUAAAAUUCAUUGCAAAGUCGGAAGCCGGAAUAGCAACCAUCCAAACAUUUGCCAGAUUUUUGGGAUUUCCGAAGGGAAUGGUACUUUCAUGAUGGUUCUACAAUAUGCGAACAGUGGAAGCUUGCAAGAUUAUCUGCAAAGUAAAAUGCAUGACAGCAUUUUUGAAAUUUCGUGGUGUGAUCUCGUUCGAAUAGCAAAAGGUAUUGCUUCUGGAUUAGAAUGGUUGCAUUGUAAUGAAAUCGUUCAUAGAAAUCUUACAACUUUAGAUACAUUGCUAAAUAUUACAUCCGUAAAGUUUGUAAAAAAUAUUACCACUAACAACUCACAUUUGAAUGAUUACAAUGUUAAUAAUAUGAAUAAUGGCAAUAAUCAUAGGAAUGUUGACAAUGUUAUGACUGUUGAAAAUAUUAACCAACAUCAGACACGAGGUGUAUGGACCAUGUUAAAUAUAAAUAAAAGAAAGGAAUUCUUCGACUUGCCGGAUGAGUGCAUUCUUGAAAUUUUUACCUAUUUAAACAAUGUAAAAGAUCUUUACAGUUGUUUAUUUAUCAACAAAUUUUUACAUCAAAUCGCCAUGUCAAUGUUAUGGAGGAAUCCUUUUGUUAACAAUCCGAAAUCGAGAGAUUCAAUAAUCCUUACUUAUUUAAAUGAACUAAACAUAGAGGAGCAAAAAACGAUAAUCCCUCUAAGAAUUAAUUUUCCUUUUAUCAAAUCACAUUCGUCAAAAUAUGCUCCCUAUUUAGAAACCCUUGAUAUACACUCGUUACAUAUUGCUUGUUUAAAAUGGCUUGCUGGUGCUGGUUAUUUUUGCCAAUGUGGCGAAUUACGUAUAGUUCAGGCUGUCGUCUCUGCUAUUGUUCAGAUGAUUAUGCGUACAAAUGGAAAUCUUAAAAUAAUGAACAUGAAGGUAGCUGAAGGUGAGCCUGAUUGCACUAGUGCUUCCAUUUUCUCCUCAAGUCAACCGG